CCAACUCCCGAACGGGUUGUUGUGUCGGGCAAAACAUAAAACGAUCUCUCGGAGAUUUGUGUACUUUACUCCAUCUUCGCACGUCCCUUUUACUUCAUGUGCCCUGCUCUACCUUAACUUGGUCAAACACUUGCAAUUCCCUGUUAAAAAUUCCACUUCUUUUCUUUCAAGACAAACAAAAUGAUGAGAAAUGGCUUAUAUCAAGUUUGGAUCGGUGUUACAAUAUCAAUAUUGGUGAUUGCAAUGAGCAUGAAUGGGGCAUUUGGGAUUAGAUUUGUAAUUGAAAAAGAAGAAUGCUUUUCUCAUAAGGUUGAAAUGGGGGAAACAGUUCAUUAUUCAUUUGUUGUCAUCAAGUCUGAGGGCGAUUGGCAUUAUGGUGAAGAUGGUGUUGAUCUUGUGGUGAAGGGGCCUUCUGGAGAACAGAUUCAUGAUCUUCGUGACAAAAUUAGCGAGAAGUCUGAGUUUACAUCUCAUCAUGAAGGAAUUUAUCAUUUCUGUUUCACUAACAAGUCGCCAUAUCAUGAAACCAUUGACUUCGAUCUUCAUUCUGCUCACUUUGUAUACCAUGAUGAGCAUGCAAAAGAUGAGCAUUUCAAGCCUUUGUUUGAGCACAUCGGAAAGCUAGAGGAAGCUUUGUACAACAUUCAGUUUGAGCAGCACUGGUUAGAGGCUCAGACAGACCGUCAAGCAAUAGUGAAUGAAGGAAUGAGCAAGAGAGCAAUGUACAAAGCUCUGUUCGAGUCUUCAGCUCUUAUUUGUGUUAGUUUUCUGCAAGUAUUCCUCCUCAAGCAUUUGUUCGAACGAAAGCUGGGGCAAUCCAGAGUUUAGUUUUUGGCACAGGGAGGAUAACAUUCUACUGCUCAAACCCUGUAAACUCAUAUGUAUUCACUUUCGUGCCUUUUUUUCUGAAGGCAGGUUCCAUAGAAAAUAGAUCGACUGAUGUCCUUUUCGGAGAUUAAGUUGUCUCGAUACAUUCUUUCAGAAAUUAGUGAAAUUUUCCUCAAUCUAUGUUUUAAGAUUAUCUGCUUGCACGCAAUUUCUUUCAAGUUAUGUAAUCAUAUAUAUUUGACACUGAAAAUUUCCCAUUGUAACCUUCAUUUUUGGCUGUUUUGUGGAUGGUAUGUCUUGACUCUUGUUCAGAUUGUAGAUUCGUGAACGUUAAAGGCUUUUCCAUAUGCUCAAUGUA